AUGUAUGGGUGGUGACGGGAAUCGAACCCACUACCCUGGCGUUGCAAGCGUCAUGCUCUAUCAACUGAACUACGAAGGAGCACUUCAACGUCAAUAGAAUGUUGACAAGCAAUUUUAACGGAUUCUAAAAGGAAUCAUAGAAUUCCAAACUCAUUUCUAUGGCAACACAGUAGUCCAUUUUGUAAACAAUCAUUUUCGAACGUGUGUUGCCAAGAUACAUCCAACCGACGUUCUAUGGAACGUUUUCUGUGCGAAGACAACAACUUCUGUUUGCUGCUGACAACAAACUGGAUUGAUUUUUCAGACCUGAACAAUCAACUGGAAAAUGCCUGGGUGCUUUUCAAGACUGACGGAGAGAGUGCGUGGACGUCUGCGGCCUACUGCGUCGACAGGUUGUUCAAAUUCAUUUGUGGCUCGUUUUUCUUGUCUUUUUCUGUUUUGCAGGGUUCGUGAUCGUCGACAGAUGGACAGUGACAGCGACUUCGAAGAGGAAACAACUGUCCUGGAUGAGGUCCAGUUGGAUGUGCCAUUGGAUGAUGUGCCAGAUAUUCCACAGCUGCCAGUCCUCCUUGAUGUCCAGAAUGCUGCUAUCAUCCUUGAGGAUGUGCCAGAUGUGCAGACUAUCUUUGAGGAGGACACUGGCAAUUGGCAGUUGAUUCUGAUUAGGUUCAGCCCCCUGUACUGUGGGCCUGUUGUGAUCAGGAACAAUGCCGGUCCGGUGGUUAUAGCUUGGAGAACUUUCCAGUUCAUCAGCCCCAUCAUCACCUACAUGCGUGGGGGAUCCCAGCAGGUGGUGGUGAGGAUGCACCACGUGAGUAGGGUGAGAGGCCUGGAGACUCAACUGGUGUGGGCCAUCUCCAAGGAGACAGCCAGGCUUUGUCCAGAGGGCAUCCCCUACUGUGCCACCAAAGUGCAGUCCAUCACUUGGAUCCAGCGUGUGGCUGGCAGGGUGACCCACUAUGCGUCUCACCUCCGCCACGAGACGUCUGUGGACGUGACGCUUGGCUGCUACCAGCAGACUGAUGUCUCAGUGGUGUACACCACUCUCCACAUGGGGCUGGACGAGCUUCUCUCCUCUUCAGCGUGGUUGGAGGCUGCCUCCUUCUCUACGCCCACCACUCAGCAGUUCACUGACCCAGAGCCUGAGGGCCACAACUGCCAUGAGGGCUGGGAGGAGGAUCUGCUGCCUGAGGAGAGGGAGGUUCCUCUGCUAAACCUCUACCUUACCACCAAGAGAGUGGAGGACAUCGCCCUGAGGCUCGUCUCCCUGCGCCAGGCCUUCACUGACGAGGCCAAGUUCAUAAGUACCUAUAAUGAAUUUGUGGACUACCUGAGUGACCCCUCCAAGCGGAAUGACAUUGAGAGGGAGCUGGCUGAGGCAAAGAUCCAUCAUAUGAACAUGAUAGAUGUCCUCUUUGAGCUGGUGCUGUUUGGGAUGAUGACAGCUCAGAAGUCCCUGAUGGUGCACCCUGGUGGGUUCGUGGAGCGUCUGUACGCUCUCCUGUACUCCUUCCUGCCCACUGCUGCCAACAUGGAGCCAGAGGCUGACAGAUACCUGCUGCAGCUCAGUGAUUCUUGUGACACUUUGCCACCCAACAGGGAUCUAAACACCAAUGCACUACAUUACUUCGCAUUGAUUUUUACAUUUUUAAAUAAAAUAAGUUGUAGUUCAAAAACAUUUUGGUUUCCGUCUUUUCAUUUAUUUGAUUUCAUGACCUUUUCCUAG